UCCUCUGGAACUGAUCUUACUGGGCAACCAAAUAAGGGCACGUUGCUGGGAGAUAGUUACCAAGUACUUGAUGCCGAGGAUCCAAGGUGUGUCAGCAGCCUAAACGACGAUCUUCCAAAUCCUUGUAAGAACGAUGGGGAAAUGGAGGAAGCUAAAGUUGUAUGUGAAGAGGUAGUCAAUCCAUAUGGUAUUUUUGCAGAAUGCGUUGGAAGAAUUCCAGGCGCAUGUGUCCAGAAUUUCGUUAAGGACUGUAUGGUUGAUCACUGUGAUAAUCCUGAGAACAUAUGUGAUAUUGUGUCUAAGUUUGCCGAGGCAUGUAAGCAAGAGGGGGUUGAUGUUCCUAUGUGGAGGAAAGCGUUUGAUUGUCAAAUGGAAUGUGGGGAAAAUGAAGAAUAUCUGGCCAAUGGUCCGGGAUGUGAGAGGAAGUGUUUGGAAAGGGACCAAACAUAUUGUAAUACACCUCCCAGAGAAGGUUGUUUCUGCAAAACUGGAUACAUUAGGUGUAAAGGAGCGUGUAUCAUUGGUAAAGAUUAUUGUCCUCCGAGAACUGGCCGUAGAUAUGGAGGCACCCCAGCACGCAUGUGCUGUAUGCACAGCACCUGGUAUUGGCCUUUUGGUGGGAGUAGCUAUUCCAGCCAAGACAUUCCCGAUGGGGACUUUAUAGAACACUGGUGCC